CGCACACGGCGCCGCUCGCUCCUGUUCAGAGGGACCAGAGAAUAGGUGGGCUUCCGCUCCGCUCUCAGUUGGUCCCGGCUUCGACACGGACGCGUUCAAUCCCAUCAAUUCAAUCGCUGGAAGCACCCAUGCUGAGACUACGGUGGGGCAGACGGCAGCGGAAGCGAUACAAGAUCGAAGAAAACGAGGGCUUGGGUGGCCAAAACUCGCGCACAUGGUCGGUAGGGUAAGGCCUCUCUUUCCGCCCUCGGACUCGUGCACGCAUGUCACAUGCAUCCUAGAAAACCUGUAAGCUGGAUUGGAAACCGCGGCUAUCUCCUGUUUCCAGAUUCAUAAAUGGCAGAAUCCUAGCAGAAGAAUGAAAAAGACGGCAUUAACUGGGUGUUGGCCUGUUUUCAGAUUCCGCCUUUGCUAACUAGUUUGUCGGUUUAUCUGUUAUUUUCUCUUAUUCCCUUUGAGAGGGGUUCUGCUUCUGUGGUGGAAAUCGGUGGCCUUUUUCGCCCCGUUUGCGAAAAAAUUGGAUCUUGCAUCUGCCCUUUUCCUUCUCCGACAUGGAAGAAGAAGGGCUACCCUUUUUACUAAGCAAAAGUGGCGAGGGGAAGGGCGAAGGGCUGUUUGGAGUGAUCAUAUUGGGGAUUUGCUCCAAGCAGUUGCAAAAGAAGAACGAGUCCUUUAUGAUCAGAAACUCCAUUAUUUGCGUCCAUUAUUUGCGCUCAAUCAUUUUCCUUUAUUCACUAGUUGGAUUCAAGACGCAAAUUUGAAGGAUGAAAAUGAUUAAGGGAAGAGGCUUUAGCCUAAAGGUUGCUUCUUUCUUGAAGUCAUUUGCAGUUUCUUGGAGGACCCGUAGAAUGACAAAUCUGGUCCCCGACCCCUGGACCUGCUGUGUCAGAAACUCAUGUGUUCUAUUGAUUCAGCUGGGGAGGGAAAGUAGAAAAGGUGUUCCUGACUCAUUACCAUGUUGAUUUACUGUAUUAUCUGGUCUCUUAUUUUGUAGCAGUAAAAGAUCUCCAGUUUUUCCUUCUUCUGGAUUCUCUGAGAAGCUUGUUUUCAGAUUGAUCUGGUGCUCAAAGCCUCUAACUAAUCGGAAAACUGGAAGGUUUGUAGCUUAUGUGUUUGAGUUUUUGUUAGAAUGAAAAAGCUUCUGUACAAGAAUAUGAAAGAGACUAUUGUUGUUCAUUUCCUAUAGGAGAUCAGGUCAUCUUCUCCCAAAGGCUGGCAUGUGGUAAAACAGUAUAAGAUGGUAUUCUGUUGAAUAAGAUAUGUAAACUUUGAAGGAAAAAUUGGAUGGAGAGAGAGAGAGAGAGAGAGAGAGAGAGAGAGAGAGAGAGAGAGAGAGAGAGAGAGAGAGAGACUUGGUAUCUGUAUAGGACAAAAACAUGGAAGAAAUAUGAUUUUAAUGGAGGGGCCGCUUGAAUUUGAGUUACUGUUUUGGAAGCAAAAUUGAACUUGUUGUCCUGAUUUGUCAAUCAACCAUCUGGUGGGACAAGCCUUCAUGAUAUACAUGUCAAAAUUGAUUGCCUCACCGUCAUGGGAAUAUCUUCCUGUAUCUUGUGAGAUUCAUCUCCUGUUCAGAUGGUAGACAAUGGAAGUGAAAGAGAUGACCACCUGCAUAAAUGGUUGAGCGUUUCCUCGAGAGGAGUUGAAUCUAGCCUGAAUUAGGGGGGUUAGGGCUCAGUGUAGGAAGUUGAUGUGUAUCAGUGUUGCAAGCACAAAAGGAGAUUUUCUCUACUGUAUGUUUGCUGAGAUGAUGGCUUCCUGAUUCCAAGAGGAGAAACAUCUUUUGUAGAACUCAUUGUGUUUGCAUUGACAAGCUGUGGUUUUAAAGCACAGUACAAGUUGGACCGGUUCCUAUAAUUUUCUAGAUUCACCAUGGAUUGGACCUCAAAGAUGCCCUUCUCAUUUGAUUGGGAGACCUUGGCGCUACUCAACGGAGAAGAAACUGAAAUUUCUAAAUCUGCACAGGAACUUAAAUCAAAGAUCGGAAGUGGCAUAGGAAUGGGCAAUGGGUCUCUGCAAUUGUCUGGUGGGGAUAUGUGUUCUAGCUCUAAAGUGGGUUCCUGUUCAUUCAAAAGCUCCAUUUCAGCAUCUGAUUCUACAUCAAAUGCAAUGAGGAAAAUACCGGAGCUGAACUUUGAAUCAGUUGGAGGAUUUCUUGUCAACCAGAACAAGAACAAAGAUUUAGCUAGGGUGGACAUUUCUGAAACUUCACCUGCUGUAGUGUCUGCAGAAGGCACUAAGGAGCCUGUGAUUACUCUAAAGCUUGGAAAAAGAACAUAUUUUGAAGAUCCUUGCUUGAGGAAUAACAUCAAGAGCUCAUAUUUUCCAGCUUCUAAUCCUUUGUCAACUACUUCGGUUAAGAAAUCAAGGGUAUAUCAGCAGAACUUGCUGAGAGCUUACUGCCAGGUGGAAGGUUGUAACAUCGACCUCUCCACAUCUAAAGAUUAUCAUCGAAAGCAUAAAGUUUGUGAAAGCCAUUCCAAGUCACCCAAGGUCGUUGUUGCUGGUCAGGAUCGCAGGUUUUGCCAACAGUGUAGCAGGUUCCAUGAUUUGUCUGAAUUUGAUCAGAAAAAGCGAAGCUGUCGUAGACGGUUAUCUGAUCAUAAUGCACGUCGACGGAAGCCACAGCUAGAGACAAUCUCAUUCAGUUCUUCAAAGCUUUCAGUAUCAUACUAUGAUGACAAACAGCAGGCAAAUCUUGUUUUUGGUCAAUCUCCUUUCCGUCAGAUGACAAGCAUUGCAAGCUCAAUAUGGGAUGGCUCAGGCAGCUUGAAGCUAACACAAAGUGAAGGAUCUUGGAGAAAGUCGAGCGAAACAGGAAGUACUAAUGGGCAGCUGCAUUUUCCUAGCAAUACCAACUUAAAUAAUGCUUACACUGGCCAUGAUAUGGACAGUCUCCUGGCACUAAAUGGCACCACUGCUGAGAUCCUCAAUCAAGGUCUUGAAGCGACUGCUACUUUUCAAUCGGAUGGAGCACCGGAUCUUUGGCGUGCUCUCUCUCUUCUGUCAACCAACAAAUCUCGCAGUCCACCAAUCACAGGGUAUGCGAACGAUGCUCGUCCUGAGCAGCCCUUAUUGCAAGUGCUUCCAUUUGAGUCGAGGAGUGACGGUGGCCGUCAGCUCCAGGAAUCUCUCCUGUUCAAGCCGUUCUUUGGGACAGGGUUCGUUGACACCAGUCAUCUAAGCUAGCAUCAUCAGUUUCAGGAUUGCCAUGUUGGAGAAUAAACAAAGUCUGAUAAGUCCUCACAUCAUUUUACAUCUUGAGUUUCCCUCUUAUGCCAAAUUGCUAAGCUUGGCAUCUGAUUGCAUUCAGAGCACCAACGUCCUCCUCUAAGGAAAACUUGUUCAUGCUUAUAAUACAACCAAGGAAGGAACAUUCAGCAUGUACGAGUGAAUGCCAAUACAGAUUCAUGCUUUUACUCAGAUUAAGAAGACAUACUUGACUCAUUCAAAUUAUGCGGGGCUGGAUCUUGAAGUAUCACUCUAAGUCAAUGAUUCCAAAAUUGGAGAGAAGGAUCUUUAGCUGUUGAACGAAGCUCGCGCCUGUCGCAUACUCUGUCAGCAGUCCUAUUGCAAAUCCGAAUAUCGCUCAUCUGCAAGAAUCGCUCUGCUAAUCAGCAAAACAAACAAGUUGCAUAGGACAGAAGGUGAUGACUUUGCAUCCCAAGGCAUUCUCCGGUACAAACAACUCUCAUCAGUGGAGAACUUUGAUGGAGUACCAUGAAUUCAGUUUCUGAUUUGUAAUGAACAGACAGCAGUAUCUAGAGAGAAAAUUCUUGUGAAUCAGUAGGUUAGACUUUGAUGAGGAUGAGAACGUCUGGUUGAUACUAGAAAUUUCUUAUGCACACAAGAAUCUCAUUUUGAAGAUAGAAAAGGUAGAAGAAUUGACUAACACCAUUUAUUCACAAUGGGUUAGCAUAGACAUUGAUGACGAUGAGAAGGUCUGGUUGAUACUAGAAAUUUCUUACGCGCACAAGAGUCUCAUUUGGAAGAUAGAAAGGGUAGAAGAAUUGACUAACACCAUUUAUGCUGUACCUUGAUAUAUACAAUGAACAGAUAACUACCACCUUUUCUCCUGAAAAUUCAGUUCACCAAAUCACAUGUGUGCAGAUCAGGCAUCACAUCUUCAGCUAAAACUGUAACCGAUGUCAUUCUUAUCUCCAUUUAAUUCUAAUUGUUGGUGCAUUAGCUUUUA